AUGAAUGCAUUGAUGUCUGUUUUAUAUAAAUGGUGUACUGAGAGAUUUUACCCGCAGUUUUGGCAGUAUGGAGAAUGGCAGGAUGUUGUGAUUGACGAUCGUCUUCCAACAAAACAUGGAGAGUUGGUUUUCGUCAGUUCUGCACAGAAGACUGAAUUCUGGGCGGCGUUGCUGGAGAAAGCGUACGCCAAGUAAGUACACAGUUCACACAUUCCCCAUAACCAGUCAGUAAUUAGAAGCUGUAGGGGUUAAUAGGGACGACUAACGGCAGCUAUUUAUUGAAUAGGCUGAAAAAGGAAAGAGUCCUGUCCUGUGCAUGAUGCGUGGCUGCGCAGGGGGCGGGGUUUUCCCUGCAUUUAGCUGGGUCCCAUGAAAUGUUUUCUUUUAACAGAAUCCUGUUUAUUCCCAUCAUUUAAGUUUUAAGAAAAUAUUGUACGUAUAACUUAAAACAGUUACCUGUGCACUGUCCCAAAUCCCUAUGCACAUUUAAAUUACUGGAGGGUUUUGGUAUCACUCCAAUGGCCAUUUAAGUGUAAGCUCACCUGCCACAUCAAGGCAAAACAUUGUAAGUGAACCCAAUGCUAACAAUUCACCCUGCUGUCGUCAGCUUUAGGUAAAAUCUCUAAUGAGACCGAGAGGGAUAUUUUUCUAAACCCCUACUCACAUAUUACCUUGAUAUAAUUUGGGAAAGCGAUACUAAAAACCUCCAGUUAUUUAGGUUAUGUUGGGAUUUGGAUAGUGCGCAAUGAACUCUUUUCUUUAUUUUUAUUGUUUGUAUUGGGACUGAUGUGUCAUUGCUGCCGCUCAGGAGUAGUGGGAGUUUGAGUGCAGGGCUUGAUUUUAUGUUUGUAUUGUAUUAAUAUAAUUGGAAGAGCGAAAUAGUAUUGUACAAUAUAAAUGGCCGAAUAUUGUAAAAAUGGAUCACAAGGUGAUAAAUAAAAAAUAACUGUUUUUUAUACAAUAAACAUGCGCAAUCUAUGGCACUCUGUGACGCCCAGAAAUCCUCGCUAUGUACAGCCUACUCUGCGUCUUUCAGGAAUAUCCUGGGGGGGAGGUAGGUUUAGUGAGAAACGAUCGACCAGCGGAUUUAAAACAAAACACAAAACUUUACAAUCCCUUAACCCCUUCAGAAUCAAAAGUCACUUUUUGCUGUCAUCACAGUCCGGUCCCUGAGUAUCCAGCAUGGAAUGUUCUCCUUAGUAGUUGUAUUAGUUUUAUACAACCCUUGGGUCAUACAUCGAGCAGAUAAUUCCGGUAUGACAGCAUAGACCUGGGUAGAGUCCCUUAGUGUGCCGGUCCUAUUUAUUUUUAAAUUGAGGUGUGUUUGUUGCUGUGUUGUUUAUGGGUGCUGCAGUUGGUUUGUAGUGGUGUAUUGGUGUGUGUGUGGGAAGUAGUGGCAAGGUUCCCUUCUUGUCAGGUUUUUGGGUCAAAGCCCUAUUUUAAGACACUGUUUUUACUCUUAGACUGAAUGGAUCGUACGAGGCCCUAAAUGGAGGCUGGAUUAACGAGGCAUUUGUCGAUUUCACUGGAGGUCUGGACGAAAGUAUUAAUCUUCAGCUUCCCCUUCCAAACCUGUAUCCACUGAUCCAAAAAGCUGUGGAGAAGAGGUCACUGAUGGGAACGUCAAUCAAUGUAAGUUCCAUCAAUAUCCUCCACCUGUCUUCCACUGUCAGAGAGUCGUCCUCUACUCCUACCUGGUCCACUGGCCAUCAGUCACUAUCAGAGAGUCAUCCUCUACUCCUACCUGGUCCACUGGCCAUCAGUCACUAUCCGAGAGUCAUCCUCUACUCCUACCUCGUCCACUGGCCAUCAGUCACUAUCAGAGAGUCAUCCUCUACUCAUACCUGGUCUACUGGCCACCAGUCACUAUCAGAGAGUCAUCCUCUACUCCUACCUGGUCCACUGGCCAUCAGUCACUAUCCGAGAGUCAUCCUCUACUCCUACCUCGUCCACUGGCCAUCAGUCACUAUCAGAGAGUCAUCCUCUACUCCUACCUGGUCCACUGGCCAUCAGUCACUAUCCGAGAGUCAUCCUCUACUCCUACCUGGUCCACUGGCCAUCAGUCACUAUCCGAGAGUCAUCCUCUACUCCUACCUGGUCUACUGGCCACCAGUCACUAUCAGAGAGUCAUUCUCUACUCCUACCUGGUCCACUGGCCACCAGUCACUAUCAGAGAGUCAUUCUCUACUCCUACCUGGUCCACUGGCCACUACUCACUAUCAGAGAGUCAUCCUCUAUUUUUAUAUUGUACAAUGGAAACCAGUCGCUUUCUGUAUUCAGUGGUCCUAG